AUGUGUUUAAAUCAUAUUCAAAAAAUUGAAGAAAGUAUUCGUAACAAGGAAUUAUGGGCUAUGGAAGUUAUUGAUUCAUGGGGUACAUUUCAAACACCCGGUAUAUUAUAUGGACAUUUAUUUGAAAUAGGAAAUUAUGAAGAAUUAAUUGAAGGAAAAUAUUGUCAAGCAGAGAUUCCAUUGGAAAAUUUACAAGAAUUAAUAGAUUUUAAAUCAGAUUUUAUAGAUCCAUUACCAAAAUAUCAUUUAAUUCCAGCAUCAUCAGGAAUUUCUUUUGGAAUUUGUAUACCAAAUAGCUGUUCUCCAGAUUAUCUUAAUUCUAUAUUAAAAGAAUUUUUAAAUAAUUUAGUAGGAAGUAAAAUUAAUGAUGAAACAAAUGUAAUUUUAGCAAAUAGUUGUAAAGGAAAUGAGAAGAUAAUAUUUCGGCCAAUAGAUUAUGUCGCCAUGAGCAUUUUAGGAUUAAUAGCAUUUUUGGUAAUAGUUUCAACCGUAUACGAUUUAAGUUUUGAUUCAAUGAAAAAAGGAAAUGGAUAUUCUAAAAUUUUAACAGCAUUUUCAAUUAAAAAGAAUGGGAAACAUUUGUUUAAAAUCCAAAGUAAUCAUGACGAUCAUUCAAAUCAUAUUCAUAUUGAAUGUAUUCAUGGUAUACGAGUUUUAACAAUUAUUUGGAUUGUAUUCCUGCACGAGUACACAUUUUCGUAUGGAUUGAAUUUUAUUAAUCGAAUCGAUUAUGUAAACUGGUCCCGAACACUCUAUUCAAUGGUUAUACAAUUUGGAAAUAUUUCAGUUGAUACAUUUUUUGUAAUAAGUGGAUGUCUAUUAACUUUAAGUGCUUUUAAAGAAAUGAAUUUCAGAAAUGGAAAACUUAAUGUUCCAUUAAUGUAUUUACAUCGUUAUAUCAGAUUAACACCAUUAGUUGCAAUUUUAGUUUUAAUUAUGGUCAGUUUAUAUCGUUAUUUUGGUGAUGGACCAUAUUGGAAUCCAAAUCAUAUAAUUGAUUUAUGUGAAAGAAAUUGGUGGUCAACAUUACUUUAUAUACAUAAUUAUGUUCAUCCUGGUCAAAUGUGCUUAGGACAUUCAUGGUAUUUAGCUGUUGAUACACAAUUAUAUUUUAUAUCACCAUUAUUUUUAAUAAUUUUAUGGAAAUAUAAAGAAUAUGGUAUGAUACCAAUUAUAUUGGCAAUUGUAAUAUCUGCUGGAUAUAUUUUUGAGGAAACAAUGCAUUUUAAUUUUCAUAUGAAUCCAUUAGAAGUGAAUGAAAACGAUUUUAGAAAACAAGAACUAAUUUAUUAUUCAACACAUUCGAGAAUAUCACCAUUUAUGGUUGGCAUUAUACUUGGCUAUUACAUUUAUAAAUAUUGUAAUGAAAAAAUUAAAUUAUAUAAACCAAUUGUUAUAAUGGGCUGGUUUUUAUCUAUAUUAAUUAUAAUUGCUAUUGUAUUUGGACCUUAUCAUCGUACAUUAUAUCAGCCGAAUUCUGAAACAACGGUUAUUGAAGUUGCACUCUAUGAAUCAUUAUCAAGAUUAUUUUGGUCUAUAGCAGUAUCUUGGAUAAUAUUUGCAUGUCAUAAAGGAUAUGGUGGAAUUAUAAAUAAAAUUUUAUCAUUUGGAAUUUGGCAACCAUUAGGACGUUUAACAUUUAGUAUUUAUUUAAAUCAUUUACUUAUUCAAAUGAUUUUAACUGGAAAUUCAAAAACUGAUUCAAAUUUUUCUAAUUUAGAUAUUAUUUUGGAGCAGUUAUUCAAUAACAUUAUUAAUAUCUAUUUGGACAGUAUUAGCUUUUGA